AUGAUGGUAGUGAUAACCUUGGCUGAAUUACUGUGGGAGCAAUUGAAAAACUAUCAAAAUACACCUUCAGGGAAAUCUUCUAAAGCUGAAGAACCUUAUAAUUCCCGAUCCAUGGAUGAUCUGCUUGCUUUUCUGGAUGGCCCACAUGCCGAUGGAAAGAAAUGCUUUGUUUGUGCUGUCGUUCAUAACAUUGAUGGACCUGCUUUACGAGACUCUGAAAGUCAGCAGUAUCUUGCAAGAAUUUCUGCUUGUUCUCAUAUUCGUAUCGUUGCUUCCAUCGACCAUGUGAAUGCACCUCUUUGUAAGUAUCAUCUAGGCUUUGUGAUUUAUUUCAGAUAUGAGAAUUGGUGGUGGGCACGUUGCAAACAGUUGUCUUUCAGCUUGUUUACUUGCUGCUCUCCUGGGUUUAUUCAGAUAAACGGUGUCAUCUAA